UAACCAAGAUUCCACAUGCAUAUAUUUAUAUGUUUGGUUGUCUUGUUGCAGAAAACGUUUGAAAAGAAAAAUGUUUAUAAUCUCAAUGAAGAAGAAGACUUAACUCACUAUGGUCAUUCUCUAGCAGACAUUGAGAAACUUAAUGACAUUGUUGAUAGUGACAGUGAUACUGAAGAAAAAGGAAUACUAUCAGAGGAAUUAACAGCUUCUCAUUUUGGAGGACUCCUUUAUAAGAAAAACCCCGCAGAACAGCAGAAUGAAGAAGAUAAAAAUCCCAAAUCACGGAAAGAACUUGUUGAAGAGUUGAUAGCAAAAUCCAAAUGGGAAAAGAGAGAGCGACGGACUCAGAGGGAAAAUACUCUAGAGCUUACAGAAAAGCUUAACAGUGAUUGGAAAGAGAUCCAAGCCUUCUUGUUGCAGAGGACCUCCAAGUCAGAAACGCAAAAUCAAGUUCAAGAAAAACCCAAGCCAGAUGAAUACGACAUGCUGGUUAGAGAGCUUGGAUUUGAAAUGAAGAUGCAGCCCUCAGACAGGAUGAAAACUGAAGAAGAGUUGGCAAAAGAAGACCAAGAGAAACUCCUGCAAUUAGAGGCUGACCGCUUACGUCGAAUGAAUGGAGAUGAACAAACGGAGAGCAGAAAGAAACCGAAGCACAUGUCAGCUGAUGAUUUGGCAGAUGGGUUUCUCCUGCACAAAGAUGACCGACCCUUGCUGUCUUACAGCAGUGACAAGGAUGAUGAAGAUGGAAAGGGAAAGGAGGAGGAUAGUGAGAACAAAGAAAGUGAAGAAGAGUCUGGUACUGAAACCGAGGCCAGUAACAAUCCCUCUGAACGUGACGCCAAUGAAGAGACGAUCGUGGGAAAGAUGCUUUCAAAAGGCAAAAGGCUAAUCGAGAGACGAAAUGCUGUCAAGGAGGCUGCCCAGCUGGAGCUGCCGUAUUUGUUUGCUGCUCCUGAAUCGUAUGAGCAGCUUCAGUCUUUAAUGUUGGGAAGAACAACAGAAGAACAAAUGCAUGUCAUAGAAAGAAUUCGGAAGACAAAUCAUCCCAGUCUUGCUGUGGGGAACAAAGCAAAGUUAGAAAAACUAUUUGGAUUUCUUUUGGAGUAUGUUGGCGAGUUGGCUCGUAAGGAGCCACCAGAACUGAAAACAGUUGACAAGCUUGUCGUAAUCUUGUUCGAGCUUUGCCAAAUGUUUCCUAAAGCUGCAAGUAAUCAUAUGAAGCUUCUCCUUCAAGAUGCUACACAUAGCAUGGAAGAAAUUAUAGAAGAGAAAGGUCUUCUGGCAUUUCCAGAGUUAGACAUGCUGCUAUAUUUGAAAAUUAUUACGGUUCUUUUUCCAACUUCCGAUUUCUGGCAUCCAGUAGUAACACCAUCAUUGGUUUAUAUGAGCCAACUGCUGACAAAGUGCGCAGUAAGAACUGAACAAGAUGUAGUGAAAGGGCUGUUGGUUUGCUGUCUGUUCCUGGAAUAUACAUCCAUGUCUCAAAGAUUCGUCCCAGAACUGGUCAAUUUUCUCCUGGGAAUCCUUCACCUGGCUGUACCUAACAACGAGGUCCAAGGUUAUACUUUGUUGCCUCCUUUCGCGUCACUAAGAAAACACUCAAACUUGCUUGUGGUCUGUGAAAAAUCAGGGACAGAAACAUGGCAAAAGCAAAAUAUUUCACUCCAUAUUUUAAGUAGAUCAAAAGGAAAAAGCAAAAUAGAAAUGAAUAAUCUGAGAUUGUCAUGUGUUGCUCUGUGUCUGGACCUUGUUAAAAGAUGUGCGGUUCUUUAUCGGGAGCUCCCGUCCUUCCAUGAAAUCACAGACCCCAUCCGGAUGCUCCUUUCCUCAUUCAUACCUCGUUCAGUCAAGUAUCCUGUACAGCUUCAGGAGUUAUAUGACACUGUUUUGGAGAAGCUGGAUGUCUGCAGGCAGUAUGACCCAUUGGUCUGUGAAAAGAGAAAACCUGUUCCUUUGAAGCUGUACACUCCAAAAAUAGUGAAAUUGCUAGAAUUCGGAAGAAAACAAGGCAGCAGUAGGCUGGAGCAGGAAAGAAAGCGCCUCAUUCACAAGCACAGGCGUGAACUCAAGGGAGCCGUGCGCGAGAUCCGCAGAGACAACCAGUUCCUCGCGAAAAUGCAGCUUGCAGAAAUCGUGGACAGGGAUUCUGAAAGAAAAAGAAAAGUGAAACAACUCUUCCAGAAUCUUGCUCAGCAGGAAGGAGAUUGGAAAGCGACAAAGAGAAAAAAGUUUUAAAUGUCCGCAGAUAAAUUAUACAAAAGGAAACCAAGAAUAUUUCAAUGGUUAGAAUUGCCUGGAAUAUUUUGAUCGUUUUAAAUAGGGGUAUAGUACUUCUGGAUUUAAAAAAACAAAUCUCCACCAAUGCAUUCUUGUAAGGGAGAAAUCACUUUCUAAAUAUAUUUGAUAAAUUUUGAAGCCUUUUUGGCUCA